AUGAUUCGUUCAAUUGUUCUGGUGCUGGCCUCGUUUGUUCUUGCUACAUCUUGCUACGAAUGUCAAAAUGGGACAACAGUCAUCAACCCACCAUCUGACUUGACUCAGCCGACAUACUUUCCUUCUGGAUGGACUGAAGAUCAGCCGCUUCCCCAAAUGGAUUCAGAUCAGAGUUGCUUUCUGAAUGUGAAUGUUCCAAGUGGUUAUUACGCAAGUGUAACAUUCCACAAACAUAUGGAUCUUCCUGGAGGAUACGUUUACUAUUCGAACAGAAAGAUUUCAAUCCUUGAAAACGACGAUUUCAAUCCAUUUUUCUUCACAAAGCCAUACUUCAAAGUGAGUGUUGGAACCAAUACUUCGCCUGGUCUCAGUGGAUUUGCAUUCAAAAUUGUCUGGAUUCCAAUUCCAGACGUUCAAAGAAAAGUUAUAGAAGUUAACAAGGGACAACCCCCAGUUGCAGUUUCCCCAAGCACUGAUUUUAUCACAUUCCGUGGUGAUUCCUCUUCGAUGUUGUCCUUGAUUGGAUUCUCAUUGAAAGAUCCUUCUACUAACUAUCUUCUUCGUCAAACUGCUCUUUUCGGAGGGGAUACUUUUGACGACGAUUACAUCGGAACAUUGGAUCAAAUCGUCAAUUCUCAACAGAUUCUGACAACUUAUGGAAGUAAAAUCUCGGUUUACACGUUUGGAUUGAACACUCUCAUUGACUAUCCUCUCUUCAUGGCUCAGAAUAAUCCAGAUGCUAAAGGAUACUACAUUUACAAGGGCGUUAACUGUCCAUCUACUGGAAACUGCUCAGUUCUUCUGAAUGGAAACUAUGGAAAUUCUCUUACUGUCACUGAUUUCAAUGGAUCCGAAUACAUUAAAGAAUUCAAUACAUUCCCUGAUACUGCCACAAUCAACGUUUACGAAAAUAAUGUUUCCAGCACAACUCGUAUCGCUUCUUUGACUGUGGACAACUAUCAACAACAACUUCCACUGGAAGUCAAGGGAACCAUGAAAUUCUACGAAUUGGAUGGAUACGGAAAGUACGAAAUGGUCGUCACUCGUGAUGUUUCCAGAGCUGCAAGACUUUAA